AUGCCCAUACCCUCUCCCGUUCUGCCCGCGGAGAAGAAUAGCAGCGUGUGCAAGUCAUCAAUCCUCAAGUCAUGGAAGUCGGCCUCAGGUAGCCUCUCUGCGCAGUUGCUGCACAACGGGCGCGCGCAACACUUCUCAGAGGCACCGCUGCAGGACAUGCUGAUGAAGCACCGACGGUCGAGUCUCCUCGACGGCAUCGCAUUCACGCGACGUGGCUCCAUAGUCUCGUUCUCGACACUUGCUGACAUCCCAGCGAGCCCUGCGUUGCCCGAGCAAUUUGGGUAUAUGCAACCGUUGCGGUUGAAGGCAGUCGCAGCUGGGCGAGAAGGAGAAGAGCGCGUUCCCGCGUAA